GAAAGAUGAUGGCGUACUGAGAACGAUGAACGCAGAUAAAUUAUUGAAAACCAUUCCUGUUUUGCAAAAUCAACUAGAUGCACUCCUAGAAUUCAAUUGUUCUGUCGACGACCUAACAAACGGCGUUAUCAACAUGUCAUUUAUGUUGUUAUUCAGAGAUUUAAUAAGACUUUUUGCCUGCUAUAAUGAUGGCAUUAUUAAUUUAUUAGAGAAAUUUUUCGAUAUGAAUAAAAAACAAUGCAGGGAAGCUUUUGAUGUUUAUAAGAAGUUUUUGGUAAGAAUGGACAAAGUAGCAGAAUUCUUGAAAGUAGCAGAGAAUGUUGGCAUUGAUAAAGGGGAUAUUCCUGAUCUCACUAAGGCACCAAGCAGUCUCCUGGAUGCUCUCGAGCAACAUUUAAAUCAGAUGGAAGGGAAAAAAUCAUCAUCUACUUCAUCUCAAUCAUCCAGCAGUAGCAAUCAAAAGAAUAUCAGAUCUGGAGUAACAGCACUAUCAUCUACAAGUAAUGCAUUUGGUAAUGUAGUAGCAAACGGUCGUUUUGAUACUCCACCCAAUGGAAUAGAUGAGAAUCUAAAAUCGCAAAUUUUAGCAGAAGAAGAAGCGGCCAUAAAUCAGUUCAAGUCGAAAGUCUCGCCAUCUGCGGCCAGUAAUCCAUUUUUGAGCAAUUCUUCUUCUUCAAUGACAGUAUCAUCUCAAUCUGGAAACGCUCUCACUCCAACAGUAGAUUUAUUCACUUCUGAUCCUGUGCCUCCUCCUGUGAGGGUAUCAGAUGAUCUGCUUCAGAUGUCGAAUCCAUUUUCUGACGCUUUCUCACAGCCACUGCCUAUUACCAGCAACCAACCCAUGUUCAUACCUCCACACCAGAAUAAUAUAUGGAUGGCAAAUGGCAAUGGUUUUGGGGUGACUACUCCAGUAACAAGUCCUGUGAUAACAAAUGGAGCAUUUGUCACGGAAAAUAGUUUUGCUUCUGUUUUUGGCAACACAGAAUCCAAUGCUAGCAGCUUUGACGCCUUAGGAGGUCUCCUUCAACCGAUGAAUUCAAGUGGGCAUAAAAACGAUACAUCGACGAUUUCGACAAGCAAUAAUAAUGCUAAUAACAAUCAGCAAUCUUCAACUAAUGGACUUUUGACAGGUGAUUUGGAGUCUAGUCUAGCAUCUUUGGCAGAAAAUUUAUCCAUAAACAAUAGAGUACUUCCUCCAAAGAACGUUCAAUGGAAUUCCCCGAAAAAUGGUUCCAAAACAGGAAACAGCUGGACCCCCCAGCCUAUGUCAGACACAACAGGUGCAGGAUAUAAACCCAUGAACCAAUCCAUGCAGACUUCACCAUUCAGCAGUAUGACAGUAACAUCUCCUCAACCUUCGAUUUAUCCUCCAAUCUUGGGUAUUCGUCCAAUUCCUCCGAGUCAUUCCAUGAUGGCACCAAUACCAACCAUGAGCCAAGUAAAUCCCACUCCCAACCAAAUGGGCCAGUCACUGUUAUUCCACUGAGAAAGUGGGUGUUAUGUUUUGUAUGAAUGUAUGUACGCCAUCCUUCAAAUGUAUAUAAUUUUGUCACUUGUAACAAUCAAGGGUACAAUAAUGAUAGUUAUAGUUUUAUUGUAUCUAUACAGUAUCGAUAAAUUGAUAUAGAAUGGCAGCAGAUCAGGACAUAUCAAAGUGAUAUUCUAUUGAAUAUAUUUCUGUAUAUCUGCCGUAUUUUAAAUCAACUCGUAUAUAUGAAAAAAUUGUGAUUAUACUUCAACUGUUUUUUUGCCACUGCUUUUAGGGGCAGUUUCUUUUAUUCUCAUUUACUCCAGGUGUGAUUAUAUAUGAAUAAAAUGAUGUAGUAUAUUACCAUGUUUAAAAAACUUGUUUUGUUACUUUACUUCUCUUCUCAUCACUCAUCUGGAUACGAAAUACAAUUGAAUUGAAUUUUAAGGAAUGACCUGUAGUUAUAAAAAAAGAGGUACAAGAACUUAUUUGGAAAUAGAUUUCGUUGUCUCCAGACAGAAAUUUUUUAUGGCUAUUUCAGCAUUGUUUCCAUUUAUGUGAGGUCAAACCUUGAGAAGUGGUAGGUAUAUAAAAAUUGGGUUGAAAUGUUUUUUCCUGAUUUUUUUUUAAAUAUGCCACCUAAUUGUGGACGAUCAAUUUUUAUUUUUCAGGGUUCAUUUGUAAUAAUUGUAACUUUGGGUAUGCUGCAACCAAAAAAUUUUUUUGAGCACUGUCCGACUCGUAUAGAAUCAUACUCUAUUAAUUGUUACUUAGGUCAAUAUACAUUUGUGUUUUUACAAUGUCAAAGAAAUGAGGAAUCAUUACCUCAAAGAAGAUAUUUGGAAACAAAUAAGAAAAAAAUAUUAGAUGAAUAAGUCUCUGGAAUGACUUAUUGAAGUAUUUGUAAUGUAUUUUAUGAUCCUAAAAUACUUCGAGAAUGAUUUUCUUGAAUCACUACAAGGAGGUGCUGCUAAGAAGAAUUGUUGACAUUGCCAUCUUUUAAUUGGCCUGAAUACUUUUAAUACUUUCCUCAAAGAAAAUGUGAUGAUAUUUUGCAAUAUUUUUAUUGGCCUAAAUACUUUCAAUAUUUCCCUCAAAGAUGAUAGUGAUAAUACUCAAUUCAGUUUUUGAAUAACUUUUGGUUAUCAUUUGUAAUUAUUGUAGCAUCUGAAAAAUUUCCACUCUUUUUAACAAUCAGUGAUUUGCACUAGGCUUUAAAUGACAUUCUUUUAUUGUACUCGUGAUAAAUCAUCUAUAAAGUUCGAUGUCGACAGUGAGCAUUUCAGUUAUACUGAUCCUCAUAUCACUAUAUAUUAAGAGACUGAUACCCAAAGUGGUGAAAAAUAUAUAGUUCAUUGAAAUAACUUGAUAUCAUUCAAUUGAAAAUGAAGUAAAUGCAAAUAAUUUGACACUGGGAUUUUGAAUCUACUUUUUGAACUUUAUAUAUUUUGGAUUUGAGAAAAUGAAAAAUAUUCAUUACCUAAUGAUUGAGUUUCUAAUAAAAACCGUUGGUAAAUUUUCAAUGAUGUAUUAUACUUUUCAUGUUCGAAAAUGAGUGCCAAAUAGAAAACAAACUUAUAUGAAAGCGUAGUGGGGCCACAUGUUUUUAUUA